AUGUGCGUCCUGCGACGCUGUUGUUGUCGAGGCCUGCCGUCCCUGGUGGUGACGCACUGGCCCCGAGUACUUCCCGUGGCCUCGGCGUCGGGUUUAUUGACUCGAAGUGCAUCGAGGAGUGCCAAGCGAGCGAAGCAGCUUUCCAGUGGCGCUGAUGAAGGCAUCUUACCCGCGAAACUCGAUGUUCGCCAGUUGCAGGACCUGCUUCGGUACCUGCACCGCGACGAGCGAAGCGUAAAGUACCGUCAACACGGCAGAGCCGUGGCCGCCAUGGCGCGUGAACUCGCCGAGCCCGACGACAGUGCUGCACUGGCAACGAUACUUGGCUCCAGAUGGUACCACUGGUGGCAACGUGCGCAGCGACCCUCGCGUAAAGCAGCAAGAAAAGCAGCACGGCGAACAGGCGCGGCAGAAGCGGGACCAGCUGACCGCUUGGAAACAAACCAGCCAGCGUCUCCAGCGAGUGCCAUUUGGGCGCAACUGGAGCUGCUCUUGCACGGGCGCCGCCGGCGUGGUACCAACCAGGGUGCUCGUGCACUCCUGGCUGCAUAUCAGGAGCGUGCACUCGCAACAGACGUACCGCAGUUCCCCCAGGUCACUCAGGUGCAAAAAAUCAUCGAGCGCUGUGAUCGCUCUCGGGCCGGGCUCGUCGGGGCUGCUCGUUUGCUGCAAGCCUUGCCAACACUCACGGGAACAGCACCCAGCGUCGGCUGUCUAGCCGAGUUCAUUCGACUCUGUGUGGAAAGGCACGCUCCUCUAUACCUUCGCUUCAGUGAUGCAAUCGUUCGGAUGAUGACGACGGCGCUCGAGCAAGCCGCCCGAAACAAUGUCGCUUCCGAACUGGAACAGGUCACGCGUGAGGCUCGCUACCUAGCCUUCCGAUACAUUGCAGAACUCGGUGUCGCCUUGUUUCCCGAUCACAUGAGACCAAUUGCAGACGAACGCAUCAUGCACUGGUUUCGAUGGACAGUAGCGAAAGUGCUCAAGCGCUAUGCACGGGUGAUGCAGCGUCUGCGCGUCGCGGAGACGUCGCGAGCACCAGCGGCUACAACCGCCACUGACCAGUUCGCGUCAUCCAAAGAGGCGCUAGAUAGAGGCCAAGUCGUGCCACCUGCACGGCAGCUACCGGAAUCUGUGGAUACAAAGACAGCCGCGGUGUCUGUUCCUGCUCCCGCUAGGAGCGGCGAUGCUGCUCCCGUAGCAGCGACGUCGUCGACAGCGGUGGUGGAUCCGCUGCUCCAGCUGCCAGUGCUCGUUCUGGAGAGUGCAAUGUCGGCCGCCAUCCGCCUGGGACAAAUUGUUGAGGCGACCGAUCUCCUUGUCGAAUAUCGACCGGGUGAGAGACCGGCCCCGUUCAAGGGAAUUCAUCCGCCGUCGCGCGUUCUCUUGCGAACACUGCUGAAACGUUGCGCGGACGAGGGCCUCGUCACCGAGUCGCUCGAGGUCAUGGCCCACUCGAGAGCGCUCGGUUACCGGAUUCGACCAUCGGAUGUUGCGCACAUUUUCAAUGCCGCUGCAGAAGCUGCUCGACGUCAGGAAGCGCAGCUUGCCGGCGGAGCGGGGGCAACGCGCAAACCGGCGUUGCGUUCCACCGCCAGAGCGGGACACACUUUUGAGCGCAUUACGCUGCCAGCGCUCAACCUGGACAUUAUCUUUCACCUUUACCAGCAUUUACUGCAUGCAACAGCGUGUCGCUUCGAUUUGGAAGUGUUUACGGCGAUCGCACGUGCCGUCAGCACUGCUCCGCCCGCAGAGCAACGAGCCGAGCGUGCCAUGUCGGUUCUCAAGGAGGUUCGACGACGCCGCAUACGCCCCUCGAGCGCGCUGCUGCAACAGUUGAUGUUGGCCUGUAUCUCGGGCGGUGACAUUCGGCGGGCGCUUUCGAUCCAUAUCCAUAUGGCUGAACGGAAUAUGCCGCUUUCAGUUCCAGUUGCGAACGCGCUGAUUAAGCUGUGCUUGGAUCGGGGUCAUGCGGCGACGGCGCGGGCUGUGCUCGAGGACCUUGCCCAGCGCCAGGAGAGCACGUCGCUGAACGCGGAAACCUUGUCGCUUCUGGUGCGCUACUGGGCUCAAGUGGGAAACGAGGAGCAAGCAGUGAAAACGAUAGAGCGGAUUCGGAGCAUGGGAUCUGGCCUCAAACCGACCGAAACUGCAUAUGUGGCGAUGCUGGAGCUAGCGGCUAGUCGUGGUGACGUCCAGGCGGCACUGAACUGGAUGCGAGCGCUCGAACGUGAACUCGGUUGCGAGUCGCCGGAGCGCGUGUCCAGCGACGGUGUACCGUUCAAGGCGUCUAUGCCGAGCGAACAAGCAUUCUUCGCCCUGUUCCAGUGCCUUCGCAAGGCAGCCGCUGCCGAGACUGCUAUGAAUCUUUUACAUGAAUACGGUGUCCGCUAUGGGUACCAGCCGUCGCCGCUUGUCUACGAAAUCGUCUACGAGACCUGUUUACGCGGAUCUCGUAUCGAUUACAUGCGUCAGCUGCGUCAGGAGAUCCAGCAGCGAGGGGUUACGCUGCCGCCACUCGACUCGCUGAAUGUUUAG